AUGGAUGGCCAGGUUACCGUCAAACGACAUGGGGACACCCAUUUUGCGAAUAUCGGCUAUGGCUAUUACACCUUUGGAGUGUCAGUCGGCUAUAUCCUACUGCUGCUAUUAUUGCGGAAGCGGCGGGGAACAGCGGUGCCAAGAUCGCGUCACAAGCUUUUCCAGAUGAUGAUAGAUGGAUCUCCGGCUUUACAUCUACCGAUUUUGCUGCUUUUUCUCGAGAUAGCGUUUUUGGGGCACUAUAGCGUGAUCGAUCACGCAUCUGUUUACAUUAAGCGUCUGGGACGCCUUUCGUAUGUCCUUCUUUUCCUCAAUAUCUUCUUAACCCUUCGCCCUAACUAUAUCCUCUCCGAUUAUACAUAUGUGCAGCUUUUGCCCAUGCAUAUGUGGCUAUCGCGGGCUAUAUCUACAUUUGGAGUGUUUCACGGUCUUGCUUUUGUUAUUAAAUGGCAAUUGGAUAAUGAGGUCUCACUAGCAUCCAAGUUAUUCAAUCUUUGGAAUUUAUUGGGUUUCAUUGUAUGGAUUCUGCUUAUUAUUCUGCUCAUCACGUCAACUGGCGUUAUCCGUAGGCGUUCCUACAAGUCAUUCUACAUGGUACACCAAAUAAAUGCGUUUGCGAUUUCUUUUAUUGUGCCAGUUCAUGCGAGACCUGGUGUUGCACUGCCAUAUACCAUCACUAUUGCCGUACUCCUUGGUCUUCAUGCACUAGCCAGGGUUUCAUUCUGCAUGUCAUCGGCUGUAGUGCACAAACUGUCCAAUUAUCAGAAAGGUUCAAAAUUGGUGCGUAUUAAACUUCCCAGGAACGUGAUGCCAGAACACUUCACUCCUGGGUCACAUAUUCGUGUGUCCCCAUAUAGGAGAAGCAAUCCACUUUAUUGGCUUGUCCCAAGUCACCCUUUUACCAUUGCUUCUUUGCCAGAUGAUGACCACGUUGAUCUAAUUCUUCGAGAACACGGGCAUUUUGAGUUUGAGGUCGGACCCCGUUACAGUAUUGUCCAUAACUAUGAGGGUAUAACAGCCUUGCAACUUGGUCUAGUUAAUCGGGUCACAAUUGUAGUGGGAGGAACAGGGAUUUCGCUUGGUCUUCCGUUAUUCAGAUAUUUUAAAGAGAAUACUGACAUCGGAUAUUUGAAAAUGAUUUGGACAGUUAAAAGUCACGCAGAUCUACAUGUUCUUGAUGACUUCGAAGGCAUUGAUAUAUUUGUAACCCAAAACACCACCACUACACCAAUUCCAGGAGCAUCUGAGUCUUGGGAUGAAAUCCCGCUUGAAGAGUUCGAAUUAAAUUCAAUGGACGACUUAGAAGCGGAAGAGGAACAUCUUGGAGAAUCGGGAGCGUUGCUUCCUACUACUAAGCGCAAGAAGGACCCUGGCGCGAUAAAUAUUGGCCGCCGGCUUGAUUGGAAUGUGGAGUUAGCUUCUUUUGUGAGAAGUGAAGGCUCUUCUGAUCAGUUAUUAAUUGUUUGCGGACCUGAAAGCCUAGUCAAGGAUGGUGUGCAGUUCGCGACUGAUCAUAAUAUUGUGUUCUAUAAGGAAGUCUAUUCAUUCUAA